AUGGAGCGGGACGAUGCAGCUGUCACUAUUACCACGACAGACUACGAUUCAGAUGACCCAGAAGAGGUCGAUGAUGUCUUCGAGGGUGAGAACGUUACUGAGAAGCCUUCAAACCAGUCGGUCGAGCGAUCGAAGGAGAAGAAGCCGGGAAAGACAAAGAGCCCUAGACAGAAGAAGGCGUUUCAGGCUAAGCCUAACAUCACCAAGUGCACAUGCGGAGGCAAUGGAGCUGAGGGAGAUGCUGAAAAUGCUAAAGCUGAAAAGCCAAACGAGGAAAAGAAAGAGAAGGAGCAAGAAGAAGCUAGACGCAGGCAGUCUGUACCUGGGGCUACUCUAGAUUCCAACAAGAAGAAAGCUUCCCUCCGAAAGAGCCGACGGAGCUGGAGCCCUUAUAUCGAAGAGUAUCCUGAGGUCCCCAGGCCUACCAUUCGUCUGAAGGAGCACAAGAUUCAACGCACAGCCUCAAUGAUCGAAACAAAGUAUGAUGGAGAAACUAAGGACUCCUUGUCACCUUCCAAAACGAGAGGCAAGUCCUUAACGAAGAAGCGCCGGUCACGGCCACAUCGUCAGUCCUCCAAGGAGUCAUCAUCAUCUUCCCAGUCUUCACGUCACCAAAAGCAUCGGAAAAAGUCGCAUAAACACCGGCAAAACGAGCAACCUUCUGAUUCAGGCAUUGAUGGAGUUGACUUCGAUGUCGAUGAGCCAUGUCUGUCAUUGCCACAUUCGGCGCAGCAGGAGUUGAGCCCGGAUAUGUCCUCCAAUCUCGCCACUCGAGGUUCUUCAUCACCGAAGAAGCACAAAAAACGACACAAAUCACGGAAGACAAAGUCUAUGACAUUGUCUGUUCACAAUGAGCAGCAAGGAUACCAGCGGGCCAGUAAACAUUCGGUAGUCAACUCUGAGCGAGGAAAGUAUCGGUCACAAUCACGCCCCCGCCGCCGGACUAUGCUCGAUGCCCUUAGCAUCGUCACCUUAGACACCACACACCGAGAUGUUGUUGGUUCUGUCUGUGAUGUUUGGCGAGCACAACCAGAAGACUAUGAAUAUCCCGAAAGCGACUUUUCAGCUGCCGAGUCAGAUGAUGACGGGCCACGGAGCGUUAGGCUCUUGGGUGUGGAAGACUUGCCCCCUCGCCGCCAUAAGUCGUCUCCUUAUCUGCCUCCUCCAGACGGACACAGAGGUGACUUUGAUUUCCAAGCAUCAUGCCAACAGCCUCGCCCCCCCUCGACGAUCUUCACAAGAAACCCAACACCGACUCCUAUCGUCUCUUCUUACAAGGACGUCCCGACUAUCGAGUCCUGGGCUCUCACCAGAUAUAAACGUCCCACCGCCUCCUUCCUUAAGCUAGACGAACCGCAGUUUCUCAACAUGGAGCCCGAAUCCUUCGACCACGAUGACUACGAGCAUCACGAUUUUACUCGGUUUGGCCAGUGUCACUCGGUUGGGCUAAGGAAUUUUAGACUAGGUCCACCCGUCCCUACUCACAGACGUCACCGCGGACGCCCCAACACCUAUCCUCCGCCAGCGGGACCACAGCCGACGCCUCUUCGUCCUCCACAGACGUGGACAUAUCCACGGCACAGGGAGACGUCACCCGCUCCUGCCUUUUUUGCAGCGCGUCGGACACGCGAAUUCCUCGCACCAAAGCCCAGACGGGCAGCUGAGCGGUUUGACUUCAAUGCAUGGGGAUGCGAUCGUGCUUCCAAGAGCUCGUUGACGUUAGGGCUGUACUGA